UGAGGAACAUGCAAAUUGAAAGUCAAAAAUGUUGUUAACGUGCACUCAAAUCACCUGGAGUGAUGUAACAGUGGGCUGGCUGUCAGUCAGUCUCAGGUGGAGCUGCUGCUCAGACUUUCCAACACUCACAGUGGAACACAGCACGGUCAUGAAGAUAACCUGACGUGUAUUUGGUGCCAAAGCCUGUUCUUGUGGGGAAGAUUUUGACUGGAGGUCUCUAUGUGAUGCACUGGGAGUCAUGACAGACUUAUGGUUGAUUUCGGUCCCUCUGGACAAGACCAGUUUAACCAAUGUAGAGAAACUCAAGCGCACCAUUGCCAAAACCAACCUGGCCUCCUGCUGCAAGUUCUCCAUUCCAGAUCUCAAGGUGGGAAUACUGGACAGUCUGCUCAGUGUGUCAGAUGAUCUCUCCAAACUCGACACACUAACUGAAAGUGUUAUUAAAAAAACCCAUCAGUGUAUGAAGGAGGUGAUGGAGCAGUCUGGUGACAAAGUGCUGGAAAACGCUUUAGCCAAUGGAGAUGUGCCAUUGUUGGUGUCUGGUGAGGUUAUGACUUGUUGUGUGUGUUUCUCAGUGGACCUGAUGAGCUACAUGACCAAGUUUCAGUGGGACAAAGCCAAGUAUCCCACAGCUCUGUCUCUCUCCAGCCUGGCAGACGUCAUCAACAAGGAAGUUUCCCAGAUGGAGACGGAAUUAAAAUCUCGAGCUGCGGCGUACAGCAAUGUGAAGACGAGCCUUCAAAGCCUCGAGCGCAAACUAGAUCAGACUUUGCAAACUCGCUGUCUGAGCGACGUAGUGAGGAAGGAAGACCUGGUGACGUCGGAGUACCUCACCACUCUGCUGGUAGUGGUGGUCCGAGGGAGCUACUUGCAGUGGGAGAGGACCUAUGAAUCUUGGUCAGAGUUUGUGGUUCCGCGGUCCAGCAGGAAGCUGUGCGAGGAUGGAGAGGGAGCCAUGUUCUCGGUUACACUCUUUAAAAGAGCUGUGUGUGAAUUCAAAGCCAAAGCCCAGGAAAGCAAGUUCACCGUGCGCGAGUACAGCUUUGAUCUGGAAGCGAAGAAGCAGCAGGAGAUGAAGCAAUGUAGUGUUCACAAAAAGGAACAAUAUGGAAUCUUUGUGCGUUGGCUGAAGGUGAAUUUCAGUGAGGUGUUUGUUGCCUGGAUUCACUUGAAAGCAUUGAGGGUGUUUGUGGAAUCAGUCCUCAGGUACGGAUUACCGGUGAACUAUCAGGCUCUUGUGCUGCACACGGACAAGAAGCGUUCAAAAAGACUGAGAGAAGAACUCGCCUCACUGUUCAUACAUCUGGACCCCACUGCCACUUCCAGCAAGACAGAUCAGGUAAGCUGUGACAUCCCAGGACUCUGUCAGCACGAGUACUUCUCCUACGUCUGCUUCCACAUCAACACCAAUCUGCUGGAGAUCAGCUAGCAGUACACAGAGGAGCCACACAAUGACAGAGCAAUGAGGGCCCUGUCACUCAUGUGGCGGAGUGGACCAGUCAGAGCCAGGAACACUAAGACCCUCAACUCUGAAAUUAAACAUAUCUAGUGAUCCUCCUUGAACAUCUUGAUUUUCAACAUUUCUCAUGAGCCAGAGAUAACUGUCUUGGACUUGGACAGCAGUGUAAAUCCUCUUGUCUGGUGAACAGUGAAUGGAUUUGGUGUCCUCUUCGCUACAAUAUCAGCUGCUACACUUUGUGAUGUGCUGCACAAGGGACUGUAGAACAAUUUAAAUGCACUGUAAUUGUUAAUGUUGGUGUACAGCUUCAAGCAUUUUAAGUGGACACAUCUUAGAAAUAUAAAAGCCAUCACAGUGCGGUAAAGAGUUCUUUUUUUCUUCACAUUAUUUAACACAACAGUCCAGUACAUUUUUGUACAUAUCACUCAUGCAUCAUGACUUUGUACAUAUCACUUUAUCUUUUAACUCAUAUUUAAUCAGAAUGUUUUUAAAUGUAAUGCUAUCAAUGGUACAAGGAGAACUCACUUCCUUAAACCACAAUGUAAAAUACUCCAUUAAAUGUAACAGUACUGCAAUCAACAUCCUAUAAUGUUAUAAUACAUAAAAGCUUUUCUGAUAGUAUUAAUGGGCAGGAUUUGUUCAGUAUAGUUGUUCAAUGUAAAUAUAAUAAUCCAUUUAGUAGUUUUCAUUGUUUGUGGCGGGCUACCACCAGUAACUACGGGUUUCGUCAAUUCAUUGAAAUCUUAAAGAUUAUAACUUUAAGUAAAAGUACGCAAGUAUUAUCAGCUAAAUGUAUUUAAUGUAUCAAAAUAGACACACUGUAAAAUGAAAAAAUGAGAGGGAGCUGCAUGAAGUCUGAUAAAUUGCCUCAUGUGAUGUCACUUGAGGCAGCGUUGGUUGGGUCAGAAGACUUAAAGGUUGUAAAUUAAACAAAUCUGGAUGUGUGGCGUUAGAAAGAAGUGAGUUUACCAGACUUCUGUAGCUCGCUGUUCAUCACUGCUUGAGGCUCGAGGCUGCAUUAGGCGCUACUAGCAUAACACAUGUCCGACCGAACUGUCUUCGCUUGAGUUGCAUUGUGGGUAAUGUGAGGAAGAAGAAUGUGUGGAAUAAAGAAGGAUGUCACUGGUUCUGCUG